GUGACUUAUUUUACUCAAGGAGCAGAGUUGCAAGUCCUUGCGUCAUUGCACGAUGCCAUUCGGACGAAAGGGAUUCAAAGUCGCUCACGAUCCGGAGGCCACGCGACACAAAGAGGCAGACACACGCCGGACGAAGAAAGAGGAAAGUCUGCAGGAGUGGCUGCACGCCAAAGAAGACUUCUUCGACGGCAUUGAAUUCUUCAUCGAAUAUUUGGGGUACAGCGAGGUGACCGAGCCAACAGGCCGGCAGAACUCCGCGGAGAUCAUCCAUCGGUUGAUGCAAAAGAAAAACAUUCAGAAAGAGACGCUCGUUGUGACUGCUAACGGUCUGAAAAUUAAAGGUGAAGACUUUGACCAAAGCCAUCCAAUGGCGUUCGUGCACAUCUACAGGAUAUCUUGGACCAUGAUUGAUCGCAUACGGAAGAGACUCUUUUGCUUCAUUGCUCGUGACAAAACGACCAAGAAGCUCCUCCUCCAUGUAUUUCAGUGCAACUCGAAGCGCGAGGCAAGCACCAUUACCCUGACUGUUGCACAGGCGUUUCAGAUUGCCUUUGAUGUGUUUCAAAAGAAAGAUGAAGAGACAAGAAAAGCAGUUAAACAGAAAAUGAAGGAGCAAGAAAUGGAAGACGCGAAAGCAGCAGCUGAAGGAGAUGAAGCAGACGGAAUCUACGAAGAGAUUCCAGACGAGCUGAAGAAGAAACCAGAAACAGACGAAGCAAACUCUGAAAAACAAGAAGAAACCACUGCAAAACAAGAAGGCGCUGAAAAACAAGAAGAAAGCGCAGACCAAGAACCGAAACUGCGAGGACGUCCACUUCAAAGGAGAAGGUCUAGUAGAAGAGUGUCUGUGAAACUGCGACAUCGUCAAUCUACUAAAAGGCCCACCACUAGCGAAGACGAGGAUAAACUCAUAGAAAUGCCAGACGAAGACAUCAAAGAAGAAUUUAAGAGGUUGACUCUGCGCCGUGAGACUCCGGAUCUUCCUGAGAUGGACUUCGAUCCUGAUGACAAGACCGACCAGGUUGCCCAGUUUCUCACUGGCGAGAAGACGGCUGAAGGUAUCUUAGAAGAGGAAGAAGAAGCUAACUAACCAGCUGGACGCUGUAACUGAGUUUUGUUUGGUAUGACCAAGUUAUAAAAUUACGCUGUGGCAACGUAUACAGCUACUAGAAAAGGAAUAUUUAGAGGCUUGCUGCACCAAGUUAUGAUGAGCACGUGACAUAUUUUAGCUCAUCUGAUAGGAGGAAAUUACAUGAAGAAAUGUACUUGUAGAAA